AUGAAGAAAAUGAGUGUGGUAAAUCUGGAUAAACUUGUAGAUGACUUCUCACAUAUAGAAAAGAAAAUAUCAGAACUUCAUGGAGAAAAUAACCGUCUGACUCUUCAGUUAGAAAAAACAAACAAAUUACUAACCAUCAGCCAAUCACAGGCAGAAUCAGCAAAAGAAGAAUGUGCUAUACUUCAGAAUUUGAUUAAAGGCCUUCAACAAGCUAUCGAAAACCAGCAUCAUUUGAGAGAUGAAAAUGAGAGGUUGAAGAAUGCAGCUUGUUUGCUAGAAGAGAAAGUAAAUUUCUGUGAACAGGGAUAUAAAAGUCAGAUUGACAGACUCAUGAAAGAAAUUAAAAGCAAGGAAGAGGAACACAAGACUGAACAAAAGAAGAUUCACUGUGAAAUGAACAAAAGACUUGAAACAAAGGAGGAAGAACACAAACAACUAAUAGAAAAGAAGGAUCUGAAGAUUUUAGAAUUAACUAGGCAACUAAGGACUCAAGAAAAGGAAAAACAGAAUGAAAUCAUCAAAUUACAAAUAGAGUUUGAUGCUAAAUUGACAAAAUUGCAGAACAGAACACCCCAACCACAUCCUGAUCCUAACGCAUUAGCUCAGAACAUCUACCGACGGAAGUUCCAGCACUUUCAAGAAGAGAAAAACAAAGAAAUUGAAGUUCUCCACAACACCAUCAGAGACUUAGAACAGCAGCUCCGCAAGGUGCAAGAUAUCCGCCCCAAACGAUGGCAGAUUUGA